AUGAUGAUGAUGAAUAGGGGACUGAUGCAGGAGGGAGAAGAGAAACCAGGGCGAAGAAUGCCUGCAGUUUUGCUUGCUCUGAAGAGGUCGAUGGCAUGUGAAUCAGGGCCGAGAGAUUAUUAUGAUCCAAAGAAGGGCAAAGGAAAUGCGAAUGUGCGCAGUGUCGUGGAAAUGGAGAAAUGUGGCUGUGGUCGAUCAGGCUGCUCGAGGUCCAUUGCAAACCUUAAAGAUGUCGUAAUUAAUAGGAGCAAGAGGCACAUGGACAGGCCGCCAAUCUGCAGCCCGCCAAUCUGCAGCCCAAGAUCCGUUGGCAGCAAUGAUCUCCGAAAUCCAAUCACACAUGAAGUUGUGCUCAAUAAUUCAGCUUGUGAACUCAAAAUAACAGCUGGAUGUGUUUCCAAAGAUUUUGGUGGUUCGUGCAGCGGCAGCGCCGGAGAUGGUGGUUGUAACUUCGUCGGGAUGUUGAGGCCCGGCACACCGGGGCCUGGCCGGACGUGCAUUAGCCCUAUAAGGAGGGCGAACAGCAGCCUUUCCAGGAGGAGCCCUGGAAUUGCUACCAUUGCUGCCAGGCCAAGAUCCUCUUUCGGGCCUGAGUUUCCAGGAGCCCUGUUCUGCAAUAAAUGCGGCGAGCAAUUUCUCCGGUGGGAGGCUGUGGAAGAUCAUCAUUUGUCCAAACACGCCGUUACCGAAUUAGUCGAGGGAGAUUCAUCGAGGAAGAUCGUGGAGAUAAUCUGUCGGGCCAGCCAUGGCUGGGGCGACAGCCAGUGGAGCAAGAUCGAGAGGAUUCUUAAGGUCCACAACACACAGAAAACCCUGACCCAAUUCGAGGAGUAUCGUGAGCUAGUGAAAGUGAAAGCCAGCAAGCUCCGGAACAAGAAGCAUCCGCGGUGUCUGGCCGACGGCAACGAGCUGCUCAGAUUCCACGGCGCCGCCAUGGAAUGCAACCUGGGGGUGAAGGGCGACUCCAGCCUCUGCACGUCGGAAAAAUGCCGAGUGUGCAGAAUUCUGAGGUACGGAUUUUCAGACAAGAAAGAGCUGAGCGGUGGGAUUGGAGUUUUCACAGCUUCGACAAGCCACAUAGCGUUGGAAUCGAUCGAGGCGUUGGAAGAUGAGAAGAAUCGAUCCAGGAAGAAGGCCCUGGUCGUUUGCAGAGUGAUAGCAGGGAGAGUGCAUAAGCCCCUGGAGAAUUUGCAGAAAAUGGCAAUGGCAGGUCAAUCAGGGUUUGAUUCGUUGGCAGGGAAAGUAGGGCUGCACUCGAACAUUGAGGAGCUGUAUUUGCUGAGCCCCAGAGCUCUGCUUCCCUGUUUUGUGGUUGUCUACAAACCCUGUUGACAUACACACUGCUUUCUUGAUUUCAAAUCAGGGUUAGAUGAUAAGUGAGAUUUGGUGUAAUAUUUUUAAAUAAAAUAAAAAUUUAA